UUUUUCUUUGUAAAUAUGGCGUCAUUUUUCGUAUCCUAACAAUAGAGGUAGAUAGAUUAGUAAGUUUAAAGGAAAAACGUUUAGAAGCAGGUAUUUUUAAACGUUUCUAAUAUAGUUGUUGUUGAAUAAAAAUUUCCAAUAAUGGCUGAUUUUAUUCACUCAGAAGCAGAAGAAAGUGAGGACGAAGAAGAAUUAGACUACCAUGACAAGAAGAAACUUAAAAGACUUAAGGCAAUGGAAGAAAGUGAAGAAGAAGAGGAAGAAGACGAAGAACGGAUGCGUGAAGAGUUAAAAGAUUUAAUCGACGAUGGUCCAAUUGAAGAAGAUGGAGAUGAUAGCGAUAAUUCUGAAAGAUCUAAAAAACGCAAAAGAAGUGAUGAUGAUUUUGAUGAUCGACUAGAAGACGAUGAUUAUGAUUUAAUUGAGGAAAAUUUAGGUGUAAAAGUGGAAAGAAAACGUUUUAAACGUGUACAAAAAAUAGUAGAUGAAGAAUCGGAAGAAGAAGCAGAGCAGGAAGAAGAGAGAGAUGCAAUUGCCAAUGAACUUUUCGAAGGUUCUGGUGAUGAGGAUGAUGGAAGAUCUGAAAGAAGUCACCGCGUCGCAGAAUCGAGAAUCGAUGAGGUUAGUGAAGGAGAUUCUUCUGAUGCUGAUGAUUUUAUUGUUGAUGAUGAGGGUCGACCAAUUAGAGAAAAACGAAAGAAGAAACAUAUUUUCGCUGACUCGGCUCUUCAAGAAGCUCAAGAUAUUUUUGGCGUGGACUUUGAUUAUGAAGAAUUUGAAAAGUACGGCGACGAAGAUGAAGAGGAAGAAGAGGAAGAUGAAUAUGAAGAAGAAGGAGAUAUUGAUAGACAAAGAAGAUCAAAGAAACAACCAAAGAAGAAAACAACAAGAAAAAGCAUUUUUGAAAUUUACGAGCCUAGUGAACUUCGACGUGGACACUUUACUGAUCAAGAUAAUGAGGUUCGAAUGAAUGAUAUACCAGAACGAAUGCAAAUUCGUUCAGUGCCAGUAGUUCCAGUGCCAGAAGGUUCAGAUGAAUUAGAUCAUGAGGCUAAAUGGAUUUAUGAGCAAGCUUUCUGUAAACCCACAUUCUCCGUUCAAGAUUCACAUCUAAAUGAUGAAGCUAAGGAGCGUGCAAGAGAACGUGCAAAUAAUGGUCCGCAGACAAUUGGAAAAAUUAAAAAAGCUCUUGAUUUCAUGAGAAAUCAACAUUUCGAAGUGCCUUUUAUUUCAUUUUAUAGAAAAGAAUAUGUAUUACCUGAAUUGAAUAUCAACGACUUGUGGAAAGUUUAUAAAUUUGAUGCAAAAUGGUGUCAGUUAAGACAGCGUAAAGAAGAUCUAUUGAAACUCUUUGAGAAUAUGAAAAAUUUUCAACUUGAAGAAAUUAUGAAGAACCCUGAUGCUCCAUUGUCUGAUGGAAUAAGAAUUAUUAAAGAUGAUGACGUUGAACGUCUUAAAAAUGCUCAAACUCCCGAAGAAAUUAAUGAUAUUUAUCGUCAUUUUAAAUUGUAUUACAGUGAAGAUAUUCAAUUGAUGCAAGAAUCAGUGAGACUAAAGGAGCGUGAAACACGAAAGCAAGAAAAGCUUGAAAGAAGAAAACAAUUGAUUGCUGAAGCUGAAGAAAAUGGUGAAGAUCCACCGCCUGAAGAAGAUUUAGAUGAAGAUGAAAAUGAAGUUGAUGAUGUAAUAAAGAAACCAGUGAGAAAUGAUCCUUAUUCUAUUUGUAAAAAAGCUGGUCUACAUUCUCUUUCAAAAAGAUUUGGUCUCACUCCUGAACAUUUUGCUGAAAAUUUACGUGAUAAUUAUCAACGUCAUGAAGUCGAUCAAGAAGAUGCAGAUCCAUUAACAGUUGCAAUUGAAUAUUGUGGACAAAAAUUUUCAACACCAGAAGAGACAAUAAAAGCAGCUCAACUAAUGGUUGCAAUUCAAUUGGCGCGUGAGCCUUUAGUUCGAAAAACAAUAAGAGAUAUGUACAUGGAAAGGGCUAAAUUGUCCGUUCGUCCGACAAAAAAAGGAAUAAAAGAAAUUGACGAGAAUCAUCCAGUUUACAGUAUGAAAUAUUUAAAAGACAAACCAAUCCGCGAUUUUGUUGGCGAUCAAUUUCUUAAACUUGUCAUUGCUGAGCAAGAUAAGUUGAUAACUAUGUCAUUUAGCGAUUCUUUUGAAGGUAAUACGAGUAAUAAUUACAUUGAUGAAGUAAAACAACUUUACUAUCGAGACGAAUUCAGUAAAACUGUCCAAGAAUGGAAUGCGCUUAGAGUCGCUAGUGUGGAAAUGGCUUUAACAAAAAUGGUUGUACCUGAUUUAAAGAAAGAACUGAAGGCAACGCUUCUUGCUGAAGCAAAAGAAUGCGUUAUGCGUUCAUGUUGUCGUAAAAUGUAUAAUUGGUUAAAAAUUGCUCCUUACACUUGCGAGUUUCCUGAAGAAGAGGAUGAAGAAUGGGAUACAAGUAAAGGUUUGCGAGUAAUGGGUAUAGCUUAUGUACCUGAUGAAUCUGAAGCUCCAUUUGCAUGUAUAGUUGCACCCGAUGGAGAAUGUACAGAUUUUUUGAAAAUACCUCAUAUACUUAAACGAAAAAAUAGUCCAAGAGAAAGUGAAAAAAUAAUGAAGGAGGCAGAUCUUUUAGCGAUUAGAAAUUUUAUAGCAACAAAAAAACCUCAUCUCAUUGUAAUUGGUGGCGAAACAAGAGACUCUCAAAUGAUACAAGCUGACAUUCGAGAUACAGUUUUAACACUCGUUGAUGAAGAACAAUUCCCAAAUGUUCAGGUAGAAAUAUGUGAUAAUGAAUUUUCAAAAGUUUAUGCAAAUAGUAAUAAGGGCAUUACAGAUUUUCGCGAUUAUUCACUACAAUUGCGACAGGCCAUAUCACUUGCGCGUAGAAUGCAGGAUCCACUAUUAGAAUUUUCUCAAUUAUGCACAUCGGACAAUGAAAUACUUUGUUUGAAAUAUCAUCAAUUGCAAGAUCAAUUUGCCCCUGAAGAUUUAUUGGAGAAUAUUUAUUUGGAAUUUGUAAAUCGCGUUAAUGAGGUUGGUGUUGAUAUAAAUAAGGCAGUUCAGCAGGCGUAUUUCAGUAAUAUUGUACAAUUUGUUUGUGGUUUGGGUUCGAGGAAAGGUCAAGCUCUGCUUAAAAUAUUGAAACAAACUAAUCAGAGGCUGGAAAAUAGAACUCAACUUGUUACUGUUUGUCAUAUGGGACCUAAAGUUUUUAUUAAUUGUGCAGGAUUUAUAAAAAUCGAUACCAACAGUCUUGGUGACAGUACGGAAGCUUAUGUUGAGGUUUUAGAUGGUUCUCGAGUACAUCCCGAAACUUAUGAAUGGGCAAGAAAAAUGGCAGUUGACGCUCUUGAGUACGAUGAUGAAGAUGCAAAUCCAGCAGGUGCAUUGGAAGAAAUUUUAGAAGCUCCCGAGAGGUUAAAAGACCUUGAUUUAGAUGCUUUUGCUGAAGAACUUGAUAGGCAAGGUUUUGGAAAUAAAAGUAUCACUCUCUAUGAUAUCAGAGCGGAAUUGAAUUCUCGUUAUAAAGAUUUAAGAGCAACUUAUCAAUCUCCCAAUCCUGAGACACUUUUUGAUAUGUUGACUAAGGAAACAAUGGAGACUUUCCAUACGGGAAAAUUGGUUUUAGCCAAAGUUGUUGGCAUUACACACAAGAAACCACAGGGUGAACAACUUGAUCAAGCAAAUCCAGUUCGAAACGAUGAAACUGGACUCUGGCAAUGUCCUUUCUGUCUUAAGAAUGAUUUCCCUGAAUUAUCGGAAGUAUGGAAUCAUUUUGACGCUGGUUCCUGUCCUGGAAAGGCAACUGGUAUAAGACUACGUUUAGAUAAUGGUGUUUCUGGUUAUAUACACAUAAAGAAUUUAUCCGAUAAACAUGUGGCGAAUCCUAAAGAGAGAGUUGCCAUAAAUCAACCAAUUCAUUGUCGUAUUACAAAAAUAGAAGUUGAAAAAUUCUCCGUUGAAUGCACAAGUAAAAGUAGCGAUCUUGCUGAUAGAAAUCAUGAAUUUAAACCACAGAAAGAUCCUUUUUAUGAUAACGAUGCAGAAGAGAAGGACAUUCAAGAUGAGAUCGAUUCUAAAAAAGCGAAACAAAAACAAAUUUACAUUAAACGAGUUAUUGUUCAUCCGUCAUUUCAUAAUGUCAAUUUUAUGGAGGCUGAAAAAUUAAUGAAAGACAUGAAACAAGGUGACGCAAUGAUACGUCCAAGUAGUAAAGGCGCUGAUCAUCUGACUAUUACUUGGAAAGUUAUAGACAAUGUACAUCAACAUAUUGACGUUAAAGAAGAAGGAAAAGCAAAUGAUUUUUCACUGGGUUCACGCUUAUGGAUUGGCAGUGAAGAAUUUGAAGAUUUAGACGAAAUUAUAGCUAGGCAUGUUAAUCCCAUGGCAUCAUAUGUAUCUGAAGUAUUGGAUUUUAAAUAUUAUAAAUCUGGAAUUGAUGGUAUGAAAGAUAAAGCUGAGGAAAUAAUUAAAGCACAAAAAAAAGCAAAUCCUUCUGGAAUUCCCUAUAUUUUGUCAGCAGCUAAAAAUUAUCCAGGCAAAUUUCUAUUGUCAUAUUUACCGAGAGCACAAUGUAGACAUGAAUAUGUUUCAAUUACACCAGAGGGUUUUAAAUUUAGAGGACAAAUGUUUGGUAAAUUGUGCGACACUCUCAAGUGGUUUAAAGAACAUUUCCGUGAUCCAAUUCCUGGUCAGGCAACGCCUAGCACUCCUCGUGGAAUGAUGUCUUCAAGAACACCCUACAUUACAACACCUGCACCAAUGAAUGGUUAUACUCAUCCAAUGUUAAAUUCAGUACCAAGUCCAAUGACUGGUCAAAACACUCCCAUGCUGAUGCCUUUUAGAACUCCUUAUUUACCUACAACUCCUGGACCUAUGAAUACCAUGACUCAAGAAGUGAUACAAAGAGUUGCUCAAAAUAUGCCACAUCAUAUGUUGAAUUCCUUAUCACAAGUGGCGAGUCAAACUUAUCAGCCUCACACUCCGGCGACUACUUUUGAUGGAAUGCAACCAAUGACACCAUAUACUCCAUCUGAUCAAACACAAUUUAAUGGAAUGGCAAAUAGAAAUCAUAAAUUUGCCACACCUCAAGAUAGAAAUCAAAGAUUUAAUAAUCGUACACCACAAAAUGAUCCACCGGAAGUUGAUGAUAAUCCAUUUAGCGUUGGUUCAUCAAGAGAAUCAUCUAGAGAAAGAGACAGUACAAAUAGAUCCUUCAAUAAAGGUGGUCGAAAUAAUAGAUCUAAUUUCCAUUCUAAUACAAAUGAUUUCUCCAGUCCAUCAGCGGAUGAUAACCCCUUUUCAGUUGGAACAACUGGCGGUAAUAACAAUUCCUUCAAUAAUAGAGGUGGAAGAGGCAGAAAUCAAGGAUCUUACAAUUCGAAAAGGGAUAAUUAUAAUUCUAAUUCACGGCAGGAUGGACCAGCCGAUGAUGAUAAUCCAUUUUCAACCGGAUCAUCCAAUAAUCGUAGUAGAAAAAAUGAUUCAAUGGACAGAGACAAUGAUAAUCGAUCAUUCAAUAGAGGUAGAGGACGAAAUCGAGGAUCUAAUUUUCAUUCCAAUUUUGAUUCACGUUCACGUCGUGAUUCAUCGGCAACGCCAGAUAAUGACAAUCCGUUCUCAGUUGGAUCGUCGAAUGAUCGUGGUAAAAAUGAUAAUGAAUCAGGUGAUAGUGAAAAUAAUCCCUUCUCGUCUGACAAGAGAUCGUUUAAUAGAGAUGGUGGAAGAGGUGGAAGAGGAAGAGGAGGUAGAGGAGGAAAUCGUGGUUCCAAUUUCCAUUCAAACUUUGAUUCACGUUCACGUCGCGAUAGUGCACCACCUGCAGACGAUGAUAAUCCGUUUUCAGUUGGAUCCUCGAACGAUCGUAGUCGAAAUGAUGAUUCAAUGGACACAGAAAGCAAUUCAUUUUCAUCAGACAACAGAUCGUUUAAUAGAGAUGGUGGAAGAGGUGGUAGAGGAAGAGGAAAUCGUGGUUCUAGUUUUCAUUCAAACUUUGAUUCUCGUUCAAGACGCGAUAGUGCACCUCCUGCAGACGAUGAUAAUCCAUUUUCAGUUGGAUCCUCGAACGAUCGUAGUAGAAAUGAUGAUUCAAUGGACACGGAAAAUAGUUCCUUUUCAUCAGAAAAGAGAUCAUUUAACAGAGGUGGCGGAAGAGGUGGAAGAGGAGGAAAUCGUGGUUCUAAUUUCCAUUCAAACUUUGAUUCUCGUUCACGACGCGAUAGUGCACCACCUCCAGAUGAUGAUAAUCCAUUUUCAGUUGGAUCCUCAAAUGAUCGUAGUAGAAAUGAUGAGUCAAUGGACACGGAAAACAGUUCAUUUUCAUCAGAAAAGAGAUCGUUUAAUAGAGAUGGUGGAAGAGGUGGAAGAGGAAGAGGAAAUCGUGGUUCCAAUUUUCAUUCAAACUUUGAUUCACGUUCACGUCGCGAUAGUGCACCACCACCAGACGAUGAUAAUCCAUUUUCAGUUGGAUCCUCAAACGAUCGUAGUAGAAAUGAUGAUUCAAUGGACACGGGAAAUAGUUCCUUUUCAUCAGAAAAGAGAUCAUUUAACAGAGGUGGUGGAAGAGGAGGAAAUCGUGGCUCUAAAUUUCAUUCAAACUUUGAUUCUCGUUCACGUAAUGCACCUCCUCCAAAUGAUGAUAAUCCAUUUUCAGUUGGAUCCUCAAAUGAUCGUAGUAGAAAUGAUGAUUCAAUGGACACGGGAAAUAGUUCCUUUUCAUCAGAAAAGAGAUCAUUUAACAGAGGUGGCGGAAGAGGUGGAAAUCGUGGAUCGGGCUUCCAUUCUAAUAAAGGACAAUUUAAUUCAAAUUCUCGUUUUGGUAAUUCUUCCUCUCAAGUUGAUGACAAUCCAUUCUCAAUAGGAUCUACAAAUGAUACUACGAGAUAUGAUGAUAAUCCAACCGCUGAUAGUAAUAAUCCAUUUUCUUCAAAUUCCGCAACUAAAUCACCUCGUGAUAUGGAAAUAAGUGGGGACCAAACACCUCUUUAUGAUGAAAGUUAGACAUUAUUUUUAUUCGUAUUAUUAUUUAAAACUUAAUUUAAAAUAGGCGAUAUACUUUUCUAAUGUAAUUAACAGUAGAUUCGAUUAAUAAUUUUGAAAGAAUUUCUUCAUUUUUUUGGUAAAAAAAAUAUAUAUAAACUAUUUUUUGAAAGUAAUUAAAAGUUAAUGAAAUUUAAUCAUUGCUUUUAGGAAUUAAAAAAUUUAUGUCAAUAUAGAUUUGUAAGAGAAAGCAAUUGAAUUUGGUGAGAAUAUGAUAGUAUAAUAUUGAUAAAAUAUAGUUUUGGAGAAAUUUAAAUAGAAAUUAUAUUUUUCUGUCAAAUAGGUACUUAUUGUUAAUUAAAUCAUUCCGCCGUACAACAGAAAAUCUAUACUGUAAAUAAAUUCAACACUCAGGUUCAUUUCUCUGUAGCAGGCUAUGUGGGAAAAAAUCGACCAAAAUACCAAUGUCAUUCGCCGCAUUUUUCCCAUAAUUACGUAUAUAAUAACCUAGUUAUUCAAUAUAGGGAAGUUUUGUUUUCUUUUUUUUUUUUUUUUUUUGAUAUUCUAACUAUAAUAGAAAAAGAACAAUUUUUUUAUGUGUUUGUUACUUUGAGAAUUACGUAUAAUUUAAAAAAUAAUUACUGCCAGAAUGCAAUCUUUAUAUACAAUAUUAUUUUAAUAAAAUUUCUUCAUUUAAAUAUAGUUAGAUAUCAAUAACUUUAUUUUUCAACUAGACAAAAUUAAAAUCGCCAUAUAAUUUAAAGUUCAUUUGACAUGAUAAACAGUUGUAAAUAUCUAUAGUUUUUUUUUUGUACAUAAUGACCAUUAUAAAGAAAGAAGAAAGAUAUAUAUAUAAGUUUUCAACUAUUUUUCCUAUUCUGAUCAUUUAUUUGAAGGCAAAUACAUAUGCAUGUAAAUUGUAAUAUUGUUCUGUAUUCCAUAAACACAAGAUUUGAAAAACAAAUCAACAAAAGACUCAAAAUUAAUCAAUUUUAACUAUCUCUUUUUUAUAAACGACUGCUUUUGUUUUUUUACUAUUGUACCUCUAAUAAAUAGAGUUGAUUUCAAUAAAUUUUCUAAUGAAGUUAA